CGGGGCCGGGGGGGGGCCGGGCUGGGCCGGGCUCCGCGGCGGCGCGGCCGGGGCCUCCUGUGGGGCCGCCGUUGGCCGCUGCUCGCGCGCCGUCGGCCGGGGGAGCGCGGGCGGGGCCGGGAGGCUGCCGGGAGGCCGCUUCCCGCGGUGCGGGGCCGCCGGGCCGCCGCCGCUGUGCUCGGCCUGCGCCCGCGCCGCAGCUGGAGGCCGUGCGGGGGGGCCUGCGGGAGCCGCGCCCGGGUCCCCCUUCCCCCCCGCCCCGGCUCUUUACGCCGUUGCGGCCGCGUUUCGGUUCCCCGACGGAAAAGCUCCGUGUAAGUCCGCCGAGCGGAGCCCCGUUGCCGCGCGGACGCGCUCCGCGUAGCGCUUUGCGGCUACACGGGACCCUUGUGUCGGGAGGGGCCGAUGAUGCCAAGCGCUUAGCGGGAGAGGAUUCGUUUUACUUUAUUUAUGUGACGGGAAACGGUUAUUCGACUGGGAGCCGUUAGCAAACGUGGUCUGCGGCGGCGGAGGCAGAGCGGGAACACGCAGGCGGCUCAGCCGGGACACCGGCCGCAGCGCUGGGGACAGGAGCGCUGCCCGUCCCCGGAUAUUAAUAGCCGGAGCCUCGUGUUUGAUAACGGCUGUCGCGGCAGCAGCGGGGACGGGCCGCCCGCGCAGCGAGGCUGCCGCCUUCAAGGAGCGCGCUGGUGUCCUCGGCCCGCCCCAGCCGGGCGCGGGGUCCGGGGGCGACGAGGUGCCCGCGGGCUCAGCGUGGGGCUCGCCAAGCCGUCGAGUUUACAUACACGUAAACGCUGAGACGCCCAGCCCGGAUCUUGGCAGGUUCUCCUAAUCCCGGGAGCCUCAGGCAGGGACUUGGCAAGGAUAUAAACAGGCAGCGUUCAGCGAACUCCUGGCAGCGGCGCACGUUGCGUCGCUGAGCUCGCGGGUCCCCUGCAAGAGGGGCGCAGGCACGGCAUGGCGGCGAGCACGGGCGGCCCGGCGGCGGCAGCGGCGGGGGAGCCGGCGCACGCCGUGUCGCUGCUGCGGGGGCUGAGCGCGCUGCGGGCCGAGCGGAGCCUCCUGGACGUGACGGUGGUGGCGGGCGGGCGGGAGUUCGGGGCGCACCGCGCCGUCCUGGCCGCCGCCUCCGGCUACUUCCGCGCCAUGUUCGGCGGGGCGCUGCGGGAGGCGCGGGCCGAGCGGGUGCGGCUGCACGGCGUGGAGCCCGAGUGCCUGGCGCGCCUCCUCGACUUCGCCUACACCGGCCGCGUCGGCGGGCUGGGCCCCGACAUCGCCGAGCGCCUGCUGCGCGCCGCCGACCUGCUCCAGUUCCCCGCCGUCAAGGAGGCCUGCGGCGCCUGGCUGGCGCGGCAGCUGGAGCCCGCCAACGCGCUGGACAUGCAGGACUUCGCCGAGGCCUUCGCCUGCCCGGCGCUGGCGGCCGCCGCGCACCGCUUCGUGCUGCGGCACGUGGGCGAGCUGGGCGCCCAGCUGGAGCGCCUGCCGCUGCCCCGCCUGCUCUCCUACCUGCGCGACGACGGGCUCUGCGUCCCCAAGGAGGAGGCCGCCUUCCAGCUGGCGCUGCGCUGGGUGCGCGCCGAGCCCGCCACCCGCGCCCCGCUGCUGCCCCAGCUGCUGGCCCACGUCCGCCUGCCCUUCGUGCGGCGCUUCUACCUGCUGGCCCACGUGGAGGGCGAGCCGCUGGUGGCCCGCUGCCCGCCCUGCCUGCGCCUCCUCCGCGAGGCCCGCGACUUCCAGGCCGCCCGCCUCGACCGCCACGACCGCGGGCCCUGCGCCCGCAUGCGGCCCCGGCCCUCCACCGGCCUCGCCGAGAUCCUCGUCCUCGUGGGCGGCUGCGACCGCGACUGCGACGAGCUCGUCACCGUCGACUGCUACAACCCGCGCACCGGCCACUGGCGCUACCUGGCCGAGUUCCCCGAGCACCUGGGCGGGGGCUACAGCGUCGCCGCGCUGGGCAACGACAUCUACGUGACCGGAGGAUCGGAUGGGUCAAGGCUGUAUGACUGUGUCUGGAGAUACAAUUCCAGCGUGAAUGAGUGGACAGAAGUGUCUCCAAUGCUGAAAGCAAGAGAGUACCACAGCUCUACGGUCCUGGAUGGGCUGCUGUACGUCAUCGCCUCCGACAGCACGGAGCGCUAUGACCACUCCGUGGACGCCUGGGAGGCCCUGCAGCCCAUGCUGUACCCCAUGGACAACUGCUCCACCACCUCGUGCCGUGGCAAGCUGUUCGCUAUAGGCUCUCUGGCCGGCAAAGAGUCCAUGGUGAUGCAGUGCUACGACCCCGACAGCGACCUCUGGUCCCUCGUGAACUGCGGCCACCUGCCUCCCUGGUCAUUCGCACCGAAGACUGUGACUCUUAACGGGCUCAUGUACUUUAUAAGAGAUGACUCCGCUGAAGUGGAUGUUUACAACCCGGUGAAGAACGAAUGGGAUAAAAUCCCUGCCAUGCUUCAGGUUCAUGUUGGGGGGAGCGUGGCCGUACUAGGCGGGAAGCUCUACGUCUCUGGUGGCUACGAUAACACGUUUGAACUUUCGGAUGUGCUGGAAGCUUAUGACCCGGAAACGCGAACGUGGAGCGUAGUGGGCCGACUUCCCGAGCCCAUCUUCUGGCAUGGCAGUGUCAGCAUAUUCCGGCAGUUCAUGCCAGAAACCACCCAGGAGGAUGACAGCAUCACGCUGGACAACACCAUCAACUUGAACAGGCAGCGCCAGAACCUUCAUAACCAGAACCUCAACGAGCUACGUUAACGGGGGAACACACCGUCUCUGGCUUGACGUGAGUUCGUUAUACAGAACCAGUGUUGCUUUGAGGGGAGGCAGAGGUAAACUGGUGCUUGGAGACAAAAACAUACUGAUCAGUGGAGAGGGAGUAAAAAUUCUGAACGAUUAAAAUGCUGUUGUAGAAACGUAGUUGGCAGGAAGCGAGAGGCCUCUGGGUGCAGUGUUCCUCAGCCCUUUUCUGUGGAGGGAGCAGGUGCAGCGUGAUUCACAGAGAAGAUCUGAGAGGUGAACUCUGAAGAAAACAGUCGUUUUCAACAUCGCUGAAGAAUCACUUGCAGUUACAGCUUUUGGUCAGACACCUUUCGCUAGAAACUCCUUCACCCUGCAGCACUUCACAUUUGCUGUCAAAUUCCUUUCUUCGUGGCUGCUUCCUAUGGAGAAAAAGAUAAUAAAAAAAAGAACGGAAGAAACAGGCAGGACCAAACCCCCGAUGGCUUGAGCCUGCUGCAGCGGGAAGGGUUUGUCUGGUAGGACUGGAGCGCGGACCCACCGCUUUCUGCUCCGUGCCUCAGAGGAAGACAGACCUCCUGUGCCCAUCUUCCUCCGUGUGGUUGGAGGGGAAAACACCUUCCCUUCCCGUGAGAAGAUAAAGGUCUGUUGUUGAGGAGCGGUUAAUACGAGAGUAUAGUCCUGCCUAUCACGUCACUGUAGUCUUUGGUUCUUGUUCAUGCUUUCAAAGAGACCGUACGUGUGCUUUUCCUGCCGUACAGCCGGGAUCUUACCGGGGCGAAGUUGUGAGACUUCACGCUUCCCAUUGUCUGACCUUGAAUUCUUCAGGUAUUUUAAGUUGCAGCAUUUUAAGUUCUUGUGUGUAUUUGUUGCCUUACUUUCUAGGAGAGCGGCUUUUUUAUUAUUUAAGAAACACCUUCAUUUAUCUUUUAAUCACAUUGUCACAACUAGAUUGUUUUCAGUUUUGGUCACCCAAACUGCACUUUUCUUUAAGGGGGAGGGAGAAGGGGGAAAGCAAAUAGCCCUCUUAGCCAGACUGCAGAGUGACUUCUGGGGCUGGCAGGCUGCGCCAGGGUCCCUCAGCCUUUCUCCUCUCGUGGUUUUACAAAGCUUUUUUUUAUAUCAGGCUGCUCAGCUGCUGGAUGGACUUGGCAGAAAACUCCCCUGUGACAUGUUCUUGUGACUAAGGCUAUUUGCUGCUGAUUCUUCUAUAUCGAGCUCUUGGCACACGCAUUGGGUUAGGCAGAUAGGUCCUGCGUAGUAAGGGCGUGUUCUUCUUUCUUCGGCAUUUUAAAGGAACUAGGUCAGAAUUUUACUAUUUUAGAAGUUACCUGGAAAGUGAUAGGAAAGAAAUACAGCACGGAUUCCUUAGGAAGUUCAGCAGAGACUUACAGGAAAAAUGCUGGUGAUAAUUUAGACCCCUUGAUAAAAAGAAUUGCUCUAGAGGGAUUAGCUCAUGUGAAGGAACCUACUGAACAUCUGGAGAGUUUACACGCUUGUCUUGUUCUUCAGUUUGCAGAAGCGCUUGGAAUUUGAGCAGUUGGAAAAUGCUACUGAGGUCAUUUGGCUAAGGUGUAGGAGUUUACAAGAGUGUUAGCAGAUUAAAAGAUAAUUAUUUUAGGUUUUCCGGGGUGGGGGGGUGUAAGAUUCGCUUUUAUUCUUGUUCAAGUAACAUAGUUAGCUUGAGUAUUUCCUCUGUUAAUCUGGGGCAAGUGUGUUUCAAUUGAAGAGAAACUUCCUGCAAUUUACUUGUGGAAUGUCUCUUGAACUAGAAAAUGGUUAAAAUUGCAGUAUGGCUCAUAUGAAAACUGGUAUUACACUUUCAGAAAAAAAUGGAAGAUGUAGUAACAGCUGAGAUGGUAGCUGGGGUUUUUGUGCUUUUUUUUUUUUUUGUCUUCCCCAGCAGAAGAAAAUUAAGUACCUAAUUCAGAAAUGAGAAACCCAUAUACAUGAUGGCAUACCCUCUGGCUUGCCACUGGACAAAGUGCAGUCAGAACCUUAUCUCCAUAACAAGCAACAUGUUCACAGCUUAAAAAAAAAAAACUGUUUUGCCUUGAACACUGUUUUUUGCUAAGCUACUUAGCAGCGAAACUUGAGAAACUUGUUUGUGACAUUUGGGCUAUUCUUAAAGUCUAAAACUUUGACAGUGCCUUGAAACUGUUACAUGCUGGUAGACUUCAGCCUGCUAAGGCCCCAAGAGGAGACAGGCACAAUAAAGGUAUCGCUUAAUAGAUAUAGCAGUCUCUAAUUGCUGUUUCGGUUUCGAACUCUGUCCCUGAGGCGGAGAAGCGCUGCGCUAGCUGCUGGGGGAGCUUUCUCCCCGGCGCGAGCAGGAGGGGCCGAGGGUAAGAGCUGGGCUGUGGCAGCCCCUCUUCGAUGAAGGCACCAAGCAGGGCCCCACGCGAGCGGGCAGCGUUUGGCCCCUCGGUUGUUCAGUCCAGCCGUAACGGGGCAGAAAGUCCGGCAGCUUCGCCCCGCUCCCGGGCAGGGGAGGGCAGCGGUGCCCGAGGCUCUGUCCUUGAGCAGCGCCGGUGUAACAGCACUUCCCGGCGUGACCGGCUGCGCUCACCAGCGCGGGGCUCAGCACAGCUCUUUCCCAACAAGGAGUUGGUGCCGCUCCUUCGUUUCUGAGAGUAAUCACCGUGUCCCAGUCAACCUAAAAUACGGAGCCAGUCUCUCCUCACGGAGCCUGGGCUUUGUCAUGCUGCGGGGAGAAAUAGCAAUGUGCUGCUAAGCAUAGCGACACUCGCGUGCUCAAGCCCGUUUCAGAUGCGGAGCUAUGCUGCCUGUGUGUGUUGUACAGCUGAAUUUGCAUAGUAGACUAAAGUAUUUAUGCUGAACUAUUAAUAGUAUGUAUACUAUGUCUCAUACUGUAGUGCUCACUGGUGGACUUGUCAUCCUGAAUUCCCUGAACCAGCUGAAUAAUUAUGGAUUUGUAUUUAUUUUUUGUAAAUUCAUUGUGUCCAAAUCUUUAAGUACUGUUUAAAUACCAUCCUUUGAAGCAAAGGCAUUUUACAUUUACAGAUAAUGUAUUUUUAUUCUCAUAGUUUGUUUCUAAAUUUACUUGAAACAGUCAAGUUAAAUAAAACACGUUACAUAAAUAUU